CGCCCGGCCUCUGGGGCACAGAUGGAGUUCAGGAAGAGGAAGAAUAAUGCUGAACGAUAAAAUGUGAUGGUCCCAGGCCACAGAUUCCUAACACACUCAUUCUUACCUGCCUGAAGACAACGUGUAGGGGGUCAGUGACAGAUGCGUGCAUUGGUGACCUUAGCCAGGCCAGCCAUAGCGAGGAAGUAUGUGAUAUGUUCAAAUUCCUGGAGAAUAUUACCAUGCGUUACAGAGCUUACAUCAUUCCCCAGGCAAAAGACAGUUUGCCCACCUGCAUUCCAUCCUCCCAAAUCUGCCCUGACUUCACAUUGACUUUGGCUGAAUGAUGUGAUGAUAAUAAAAGUGCAAAAUUGCAGAGCAGUUUAACAGAAGUUCACAGCACAAGACUAUCCAGGGCAUUGAUGUAAACAUGGAAAUUAUGUAGCAUCGAGGGCAAUGUUCAGGCACGUCAGCGGACCACAGGAGCAGAGCUUAUGCUGCAACACAUACUUUUGGAGUUCAGAGCUUUUAACAACAGCUGCAUAAACAGAAAGGCAAAAAAAAAAUUAUUCACCAGGACUGCAGGGAAUUUGUGCCAAAUCAACUCUAUACUGGCAGAUAAGGGAACUGCAGCACCUUGAGGAAGCAUACAUGGUCACAGAGGAAAAUGCACAGAUUUCAUGCAGACAUGAUGAAGUCGCUAUUGCUGUAAGGUCACGAAUCUGCCAACUGCAUCAGGCAAUGGUAAAAACCAGGUCGCAAACACAGGUGUUGAGUACCCUUCCAUCUUCUCCAAUGCUCUUGCAAAUAUCUUCUCAUCAGUUCUAUUCUUCCCAUUUAUCUCCAACAUUUUAACAGGAAAACCUGCCAUCCAGCACAUUAGAAUGUAAGAAAAAGACACAGAAUAUUGCAUGACCUAACUAAACAAAACAUUUUCUGAUACAACUAUUGUGUGUGUCACUACCACCACUACCACAUAUACAUGUCCCACCUGCAAUAGAGCUUGUGGGUCCAGGAUAGGACUGUAUAGUCAUCAAAGAUCUCACUGUUAAAGGAAUGGAUGCCGUCAUCUGAUUUCGAUGGACAACCAAAGAGGGAGAAGAGAGAGAUUGUGAUAUCUUCAAAACCAUCCUCUUCCUGGGUUUCCAGAGUGGCAUAUCCUGUCCCAAAAUCUAAGCUGCUGUUGGCUAAAAUCCUAUGGUCCUUGGUGCCUGAGGCUUGUGGAUAAAAGAUCUUUAAUUCUAACUGAGAUGACAAACAUAGUGGCAUUGUUAUCUGCAAGCAAUGUGCAAAGCAUUCAAGAUCUCACUUAAAGGAUGCUUAUUGGUGCAAGGUAUUCUAGUCGUGGAAGAGGACAUCAGUGGCUGAAAAGGUGUAGAGGAGUUUCACCAGGAUGUUUCCUGGAUUGGAACAUAGCCAAAUGCACAGAGGAUGUCACUGUGAUGAAAAUCUUCACCGCACGUGAUUAUAAAAAGCCAUGGAUGACAACAGAGGUGCGUUCACUACUGAAGGCCCGUGACACAGCCUACAGAUCAGGGGACAGGUAUGUGCUUCGCUCAGCCAGGUCUGCACUUUCACUAGGGAUCAGAAAAGUGAAAAAGGCCUACGCGGGCAAAAUACAUGGACACUUCUGUGACACAGGUGGCACCAGACGGAUGUGGCAGGGAAUUAAAGCUCUGACAGACUACAAGAUCUGGCAAAAAACUAUUGACAGCAAUGCCUCUCUUCCUAACAGGCUUAACAAAUUCUUUGCACGUUUCGAAGCAUCAAACACUACAGCAAGGGGGAGAGCCAGUCCCUUCUUACCAUCUGAUCAGCCUGCUCCAAUCAUUGGUUUAGAGCAAACACGGAGGACCCUUGCCAGGGUUAACCCACGAAAAGCGGGAGGUCCCGACAACAUCCCUGGAUGUGUGCUCAAGGAACAUGCUGAUGUAUUAGCAGAUGUCCUGACAGACAUUUUCAACAUCUCCCUUAGUCAAGCCAUUGUCCCCAGAUGCUUCAAAACCUCCACAAUCAUCCCUGUAGCAAAGAAAUCAGUUGUAGCCUGUCUGAAUGAUUACCAUCCCGUCACCCUAACCCCCAUAGUAAUGAAAUGUUUUGAAUGGCUUGUCAAGCCUCAUAUCACAGCCAGCCUCCCCUCAUUGCUGGAUCCUCUACAGUUUGCUUAUUGUCCAAAUCACUCUACGGAGGACGCAAUAUCCACCACACUGCACACAGUUCUCUCACACUUGGACAACAAAGACACUUAUGCCAGAAUCCUGUACAUUGAUUUCAGUUCAGCGUUCAAUACCAUCAUCCCACAGAGACUAGUGGAGAAACUGUCGCUGCUUGGCCUUAACACUGCCAUGUGUCGCUGGAUUCUGGAUUUCUUGACAGAGAGAUCACAGUCAGUCCGUGUUGGCAGGAACAUCUCUGACUCCAUCACACUGAGCACUGGAUCCCACAAGGCUGUGUGCUCAGCCCAUUGCUGUUUACACUGCUAACACAUGACUGUGCAGCCAGAUUCAAGGGGAACCUGAUCAUUAAAUUUGCUGAUGAUACCACAGUGGUGGGGCUCAAUAGCAAAAAUGAUGAAACAAUGUACAGGGAGGAGGUCAAACACCUAGAGAGCUGGUGCAGUGACAACAACUUGAUGCCUAAUGUCACCAAAACCAAGGAGAUGAUCAUUGACUUCAGACGGUCUCAGCCUGAGCACACACCCCUCAGCAUCAGUGGCUCCACAGUGGUCAGAGUGGAAAACAUCAGGUUCCUUGGGGUGCAGAUCUUGGACAAUCUCACCUGGCCCAGGAACACCACUGGGAUUGUGAAACGGGCCCAGCAGAGAUUGCACUUUUUGAGGAAGCUUAAACAAGCAUCACUCCCCACUAACAUCCUAACUACAUUCUACAGAGGAGUGGUUGAGAGUGUGCUGACCUUUUGCAUCACAACCUGGUACUCCAGCUGCAGUGCUGCCAACAAAAAAGCCUUGCAGAGGGUGGUUAGGGGAGCAGAGAAGGUUAUUGGGGUCUCCCUACCUUCUGUCCAAGACCUCUUUCAGAGUUGAUGCCUCCAGAAGACACGGUACAUCAUUAAAGACUCCUCACAACCUCUCCAUGAACUGUUUGUUCUUCUGCCAUCAGGUAAAUGUUACGGGAGCAUCAAAACUAAAACCACAAGGCUAAUAAACAGCUUCCUCCCACAGGCAGUCAGACUGCUAAAUAGCUGCUCUACCUGACUCUGCUUUGGACACUUUUAGUUUGCACUGGACACUUAUAACUUGUUUUAACUGAUAUGUAGCUGUUGUGUUUUACUUUUUAUUGUUAUGUUUAUUAUUAGUGUUGCAUUUGUUAUGUUAUGAUUGCACUGCUCCUGGGAAACGCUGUCUCAUUCUGCCAUGCAGAGCUGAUGUACGGUUAGAAUGACAAUAGGGUUUUUGAAUCUUGAAUCUUGAAUCUUCACCCCAUCUAGUUCAUGCCAAUACCAUUUAAACUGCCUACUCCCAAUGACAUGCACAAGCACCAUAGCCCUCCGUAUCCCUACUAUCCAUGUACCUAUCCAAACUUUCCUUAAAUGUUUAAAUCAAACUCGCUUGCACCACUUGCAGCUCAUUCCACACUCUCAUAACCCUCUGAGUGAAGAAGUUUCCCUCGUGUUCCCCUUAAACUUCUCACCUUUCACCCUUAACCUAUGACCUCUGGUUGUAGUUCCACCCAACCGCAGUGGAACAGGCCAGCUUAUAUUUAUCCUGUCUAUAGCCUUCAUAAUUUUGUAUAUCUCUGUCAAAUGUCCUCUCAGUCUUCUGUGUUCUAAAGAAUACAAUGUUAACCUAUUCAAUUUUUCCUUCUAAUUCAGGUCUUCCAGACCUGGCAACAUCCUUGUAAAUUUUCUCUGCAUUCUUUCAAACUUGUUCACAUCUUUCCUGCAGGUAGGUGACCAAAACUGCUCACAAUACUCCAAAUUAGGCCUCACCAACAUCUCAGAUUCAGAUUCAGUUUAUUGUCAUUUAGAAACCACAAAUGCAAUGCAGUUAAAAAAUGAGACAACGUUCCUCCAGAAUGAUAUCACAAAAGCAUAUGACAAAACAGACUACACCAGAAAAUCCACAUAACGUUUGGCAAUCCCCAAUCCAGAUUCCGGAGAGGCUGCUGCGUAUUAAAAUCAUGCUACUGUCUUAGCGUGUGCCCUGGAAAGGAGCUCCAAUCCCACUAGACAGAACAAGACCAAAAACUAAAGCUACAAAGACCUGCACAAAACCAUAUAGUUACAACAUAUAGUUACAACAGUGCAAACAAUAGCAUAAUUGAUAAAAAAAAACCAUGAGCACAGUAAAAAUAGUCCAAAGAUGUUAAAGGACUGUAAGUUCAAAAGAACUCACCACACAGUUUCCACAAGUCCCCAGGGUCCCGACAGACUCGCCAUCCCAUGCCGGCGGCAGAAGGGAAUACCCGCACUAUGGACUUAUAAAACCUCAACAUAACAUCCCAUUUUCUAUACUCAAUACAAAGAUUUAUGAAGGCCAAUUUGCCAAAAAUUUCUUUCCGAACCUAUCUGUGACACCACUUUCAACGAAUUAUGGACCCGUGUUUCCAGACCCUUUUGUUCUACCGCACUCCUUAGUGCUCUACCAUUCACUGUGUAAGACCUACCCUGAUUGGUCCUACUGAAGUACAAGACCUCACACUUGUCUGCACGAAAUUCCACCUGCUAUUUUUCUGCCUAUUUUGUCCUGCCGAUACUGAUCCCUCUACAAGACAUGGUAGCUUUCCUCACUCUCCACUACAUCCCCAAUUUUGGUGUCAUCCGCAAAUUUGCUGAUCUAGUUAACCACAUUACCAUCCAGAUCGUUGAUAUAGAUGACAAACAACAAAGGACCCAGCACCGAUCCCUGCAGCACACCACCAGUCACAGGCCUCCAGUCAGAGAGACAAAUCUCUACGACCACACUCUGGCUUCUCCCACAAAGCCAAUGUCUAAUUCAAUUUACUACCUCACCAUGAAUGCUGAGUGACUGAAUCUUCUUGACCAGCCUCCCAUAUAGAACCUUGUCAAAUGCUUUACUAAAUUCCAUGUAGACAACAUCCAUUGCUGUGCCUUCAUUCACUUUCCUGGUAACUUCCUCAAAAAAAACUCUAUAAGAUUGGUUAGAUCUGACCUACCACACACAUAGCCAUGCUAACUAUACUUAAUCAGUCCCUGUCUAUCCAAAUACUUAUAUAUCCGGUCCCUUAGAAUACCUUCCAAUAACUUUCCCAUGACUAAUAUCUGGCUCACUGGCCUAUGAGUUCCUGGUUUCUGUUUAGAGCCUGUUUUAAACAGCGGAACAACAUUGGCUAUCCUCCAAUCCUCUGGUACCCCUCCUGUCACUAAGGAUGUUUUAAAUAUCUUUGUUAGGGCCCCAGCAAUUUCUUCAUAUGCCUCCCAUAGUGUCUGAGGGAACACCUUGUCAGGCCCUGGGGAUCUAUCUACACUGAUUUGCCUCAGGGUAGCAAACACCUCCUCUUCUGUAAUUUGUACAGGUUCCAUGAGGUUGAUGCUGCUUCCCCUCACUUGUAUUGACUCUGCAUCCAUCUCCUGAGCAAAUACGGAUGCAAGGAAUGCACUUAGGGUUUCCCCCAUCUCUUCCAGCUCCAAACAUGGGUUACCAUUCCAGUCUUCCAGAGGACCAGUUUUGUCCCUAGCAAUCCUUUUGCUUUUAGAGGUGAACCACUGCUUCAACUUUCCUGACUUGCUUAGUUCAUUAAAUCAUCAAAUCUGCUAUCAGAACGAACACACCUGAAACAAAAAUGUAGAGAUGCUGGAAGCACCCAAUAGAUCAAGCAGAAUCAGUGGGGGAGUUCAAAAGAGACAACGUUUCAGGUCAAUUGCACUUAGUCAGAACUAAAGACAAGUGUGCUAAGUUGCAGAGAGAAGGAAGAUGUAGAGAAAAAUAGAAUGCCUGGUAUAAGAUACAGAUCAUAUUUUCAAAGCAACACUCACUUGGAGUUAAGGAGGUUAGCUGAAAUUAUCGAAUUCACUGAGUACUGCAUAAUGCCCAGAUGGUAGAUAGGUGUUGUCCCUCAAGUUUAUAUAAAGCAUUAUUAGAACAGUAAGGAGGCUGAAAGCAGAAAGGCCAGAGUAUGAGUGAGGAAUGGAAUAAAGAUGUCAGGGUGAUUGGCAGUUAGGAGUGAUUUUCAUGGACUGAAUAUAGGUGCCCUUGAAAACGGUCACCCAAUCUCCAUUGGGUUUCUUCGGUGUAGGGAUGACAAAAUAGCAGGCAUUGAAAGUAAGCUGCCUCGGCCCUGGCUUUAGAUGAAGGCUCUCCUAUCCCAUGCUUGUGGAAUAGUAUCUGUCUUUUACAGCCACAGCAACUCAUCGAGUGUCAGCAGCAUAUCUGGUCUGCUGACAGCUGGAGAACUGUCUUGGUUUUGAAGGACUUUGGAUGUGUGUGUGGAUAAGAGGGAGGUUGUUGUUGUUGUUUUGUUGCUUGGUGUGUUAUGUGUUGUUCUACCAAGUAUUGUGGGCAUGCUACGUUGGCACCAGAUUUGCCCCCAACGCACACUCGGUGUGUAUUGGUUGUUAAUGCUUAUGAUGCUUUUCACUGUAUGUUUCAAUGUACACGUGAUAAAUAAACUUGAACCUUGAAUCACAAUUUCACCUAUU